UCUGCGGCCUCAUGCGCGGUGACAAGGCCGUGAGGAUAUGGGGACGAGAAGGUGACUCUUGGAUAUGUAAGAGUGUGCUUCAGGACGGACACCAGCGCACCGUGAGGAAAGUGGCGUGGUCUCCCUGCGGGAAAUAUCUGGCCUCUGCCAGCUUCGACGCAACCACGUGCAUCUGGAAAAAGAACAACGAGGAUUUUGAGAGUUUGACCGUGCUGGAAGGACAUGAAAACGAGGUCAAAUGCGUGGCGUGGGCCCCUUCAGGGAACCUGCUGGCAACGUGUAGCCGAGACAAGAGCGUCUGGGUCUGGGAAGUGGACGAAGAAGACGAGUACGAGUGUGUGACCGUCAUAAACUCCCACACGCAAGAUGUCAAGCAUGUUGUGUGGCACCCGACCCAGGAGCUCCUGGCUUCAGCGAGCUACGACAACAACGUUUGUAUUUACAAGGAAGAGGACGACGACUGGGAGUGCCGGGCCACCUUGCAAGGACACACGUCCACAGUCUGGAGUUUGUCUUUUGAGGGAAGUGGACAGAGGCUGGCCUCCUGCAGCGACGACCGCACCGUGAAGAUCUGGAAGGAGUAUCCAAAUGAAAGUGGACAGGGAGACUUGUCGUGGAAGUGUGUGUGCACUCUGUCCGGGUACCACGGACGAACAGUGUACGACGUCGCCUGGUGUCGGCUGACCGGCGCCCUGGCUACCGCCUGCGGUGACGACGCAGUGCGAGUGUUUAAGGAGGAUGAGGCGUCCGAUCCAGACCAGCCGGUGUUCUCGCUGGCUGCUCAGGUGACCAAAGCUCACAGCCAGGAUGUCAACUGCGUCGCCUGGAACCCAAAGGAGGCGGGACUCCUGGCCUCCUGCAGCGAUGAAGGAGACAUCUCCAUCUGGAGGUUCCACGAGGAAGACUGAGCGCUCAACUGGCCCCUCACUGAGUUCCACUGGGAACUGUGGUCACCACACACAUUCUUCAUUCAACUCUUACAGCUUCUCAUAGCUCCGCAAGGAUUCAGCUUAAUAACAGUGUACCAACACAUCAUGUUACAAUUCUGAACUGACAAUAACGCUUCAGUGCAUCUUGUGCUUUCUGUGAGUCUACAUAUUUCUGUAUAACAGCUCAAUUAAGAUUUUAUUGACAAUUAAUGUUUAUAUAAAUAAAGAAUCUAAAAAACAAUUAUGUGGCUUCUCUUUAUUGCAAAAAAUAUUCCAGACAGCACAUCAUACUAAAAACAUCUCCACCAGUCCAAUCAUUCGAUUUCACAACAAAAAGUUUUAAGUAUUUAAAGACCCAAUCUGGAUACAUUUGUAUUUUUUUUUUAUUUUUAUAAAUCUUCAUCAAAAUUCCGGUCAGACCUGAGAACUGACAGAUCAGUAAGCACAAAGUUUUAUGUACUUAAUACACUCAGAACCCAGAUUGGGGCUUCAUUACAACAGUGAGCGCAGUUCGCCAUGUACCUGUAAUACAUGUCUGAUUAUAUUAACUAAACUGAUCCUGUACACUAUAAUUCUGGACUGGUGUACAUCAUUCAGGUGAUUUAAACUGACACAAAUGUAUUGAAUAAAAUGACGUUUUCACAAGAGUAGAGGUGAUAAUGACAAAGUAAAGGGACAUGAAUCAGGCUGAAUAUCUACAGUAAAAAAAA